AACGUCGAGGAAGGAACCAGUUGGAUCUAAGUGCUUCGCAAACUGGGUUUCGUCAUUCCUUCCCUUCAAAUAGUCUCACACUAAACAUUUUCAGGAACACAUCAAGCUUUUAUUCUACAGAAUUCUAUUAAUUUAACGGAUGAGUCAAAUCCGACAAGAAAAUGACUCCGGAGCAGGAGGUUUUUUCGUCAACUUUAAUCAAGAUUCCACGUCAUUGGCUGUGGGAACAAAAGUCUGUUACAGGCUAUUCUCCCUAUCUUCUGUUGAUCGUUUAGACCUUAUCUAUGAAAGCACCAGCGAGUUAGAUGAAGAUGCAUGUCUUGUUGAAAGACUAUUUUCUAGCAGUCUUGUUGCAGUAGUAAGCUUAUCCUCUCCACGAAAACUGAAGGUUUGCCACUUCAAAAAAGGAACAGAGAUCUGCAAUUACUCAUAUUCCAAUACUAUUUUGGCUGUAAAACUCAAUAGAGCUAGACUUGUAGUAUGUUUAGAAGAAUCACUGUACAUACACAACAUAAGGGAUAUGAAAGUGUUACACACCAUUCGUGACACUCCUUCAAACCCCCAAGGUUUAUGUGCUCUAUCUCCCAACUCCAAUGAGCAUUGCUACCUAGCCUAUCCUGGAUCUGCAACUAUUGGAGAAGUUCAAAUUUUUGAUGCCUAUAACUUGCAAGCCAAGACAAUGAUUCCAGCUCAUGAUUCUCCAUUGGCUGCAAUUGCGUUUAGCAUUACGGGAACGUUGAUUGCCACUGCCUCGGAAAAAGGUACGGUCAUACGAAUCUUUAGGGUUGAUGAUGGCGCUCGUCUUCAUGAAUUCAGGAGAGGAGUGAAACGCUGUGCCACUAUCUACAGUUUGGCCUUUAGCGCUGAUUCGCAAUACCUAGCUGCGUCAUCAAAUACCGAAACGGUUCACAUUUUUAAAUUAGAAGAUCCUCAACGUCCUGGAUCUUCUAGUGAAGAGCCCCAAGGGUGGAUGGGUUACCUUUCUAAGGCAGUUUCGGUAUCUGCAAGCUAUCUACCAACUCAGGUGGCUGAUGUUUUCAGUCAAGGUAGAGCCUUUGCCACCGUCCACCUCCCAUUCCAAGGCAUUCGAAAUGUCUGUUCCCUCGCAACGAUUCAAAAAGUCAUGCGUUUGUUAAUUGCAUCAGCGGAAGGCUACGUUUAUGUGUAUGAAGUAAACCCUGUCGAAGGAGGUGAUUGCACAUUGCUGAAACAACACAGAUUGGACGGAUUAAUUGAGAACGGGACCGAAAAUUCUCAUUCUGACGGUUACAGUGGAGCCCAUGGGAAAGCAAAACUGGAUGCAGCAGGUAGCUACGCGCUCAUUGUCAGGGGACGACCCUUCUCUCAGAUGACAGCUGAUUGCCUACCAGAUUCUGAAAAGUUCCACGAUAUGGAGCGCGCCACGGAAACUCCACCAGCUAAUCCUCUACGCUUGGACGACGAAGGGGAAUUUCCGCCCAUGACUCAAAAACUGGAUUGAGUUUCUACUUUGUUCCACAUACUUUAACUAGGAUCAUUUUGUACCUUCUUUCGGAAAUGUGUCACAGUGUUGAACUUCACUUCUUCUCCCAAGAUGGUACCUUUGAAAUGUAGCCACAUUUGAUUUUCUCUCUCUUUCUUCAAGUAUUGGGUUAAAACCUUGCUUCUCCAUUAGUUUAGAUUUACUCCCUGUCGUCUCAUUUAAUAAUCGAGAAUAAGAUUUAUUACUUUUUUUGUUCUACUGAUGUCAGUGUGUAAAUACAUUUGGUCGAUAAAUA